CCAGACCCUGAUUCCAUCCAAUGCGACUCUGACGAGUCUGAGAUCGACCACGCAAACGAUCAUAACACAACUGAAAACACCACAUGUGCCUCAAAAGCACACUACAAUAGUCGAUUGAAAGAGGAUGAUCCCUUUAGAAGCGCACCCAAAACUACAAAGUGGCGUUUGAAGAAAAAAGGUGUGGAUAGAACUUCUGAUCUGUUGGAAGAAAGAGAAGAACAUGCCCCUCAGUGCAGGAUAUCAGAACAAAAUGCAUUUGUGGAUCAGGAGUUAACAGAUUAUGAAGCAGACAUCAACUUUGAAGAGAAAUCUUCAUCUUCAAAGAAUUGUGAUAGUGAUGAAGAAGUUAAGUUCAGUUAUGCAGAGGAAAGUUCUGUAUGGUUUGAAGAUGAAACCGUAGAACUGCCUGAUGAAACUGUCCCCCAACUUGAUUUCACUGAUGGUAGUGAACCAGUUUACAAAGGAUGUUCAACAACAGUUGCUCAAAGUGCUCUUUUGAUCCUAACAUUUGCUUUGAGGCACAAUCUUACUGGUGAAUGUUUGUCUGAUUUAUUAGCAUUAAUUGCAGUUCAUUGUUUGACAACAAAUGCCAUCCACUCUUCUCUGUACAAGUUUAGAUCCUAUUUCUCAAACCUGAAGUCACCUUUGGUAUUUCACAGGUAUUGUACAGAGUGUGAAUAUUCACUAGUGCAGGAGUACCAUUCAUGUCCAAACUGUAAUGUAAACUUGAAGGAAAACAAGAACAUAUCAUAUUUCGUUGAGAUUCCAUUAGCACAGCAGAUACAAAAGCUUUUUGAAAGGAAAACAUUUCAUCAAGAUCUACACCAUAGACACAGUCGCAAAAAGAAAAAUGCAAAUAACUUUGAGGAUAUUUAUGAUGGCCAUUUGUAUAAAACUUUCUCACAACAAAAUGCAUUUCUGGACAAUCAUAAUAAUAUAUCAUUCAUGUGGUACACUGAUGGAGUACCUUUAUUUAAGUCUUCCAAAGUUGGCCUUUGGCCAUUAUUUCUGUCUAUAAAUGAAUUGCCGUACCAUGACAGAUUGAAACCUGAAAAUUUGUUGUUUGCCGGUUUGUGGUAUGGUAAAUCAAAACCAUCAAUGUCAGUCUACCUUGAACCAUUCUAUGAAAGUUUGAAAAAACUGCGUGAAGAGGGAAUUAGUGUAAAUUGUGAGCAUUGUGCAAAAUCUUUUGUUGUUAAAGGUAUUUUGUUGUGUGGUACGUGUGAUUUGCCUGCAAAAUGCUUAAUGAUGAACAUGGCUCAGUUCAAUGGUAGGUUUGGAUGUCCUAAGUGUAAACAAGAAGGGGUUGUUGUGAAAACUGGAAAAGGUCACACGAGGACAUUUCCUUUUCAAGAAAAUUCUAUUGAUGGUCCAAAAAGAUCGCAUGAGGAGUUCAUAGAACAUGGUGAAAACGCCUUCACCUCAUCAUCUUCAGUAUUUGGUGUGAAGGGACCAUCUUGGUGGGUGAAUAUUUCAGCAGACAUAAUCAAUGGAACUGCUAUUGACUACAUGCAUACAGUGUUGCUCGGAAUUGUCCGUCGGCUUCUGAAACUUUGGUUUGAUCCAAAGUUUUCAUCUGAACCUUAUUCUGCUUCACGAUUUGUGGAUAUAGCUGACAAAAGAUUGGCAUGUAUUAGACCACCAUAUUUUAUCAAGCGCCAUCCACGAAGUAUCAAAGACCAUUCUCAAUAUUGGAAAGCUUCUGAAUGUAGAUCGUGGCUUUUUUAUUAUUCAGUACCUGUCUUAUUUGGUGUUCUGCAGAAAGAAUAUUUUGAACAUUAUCUUUUGUUUGUGGAUGCAAUGUUCAUUAUGAAUCUAGAUUCAAUUUCACCAGAGGAUCUAUUACAUUGUGAAGAGUUGCUUAUCAAGUUCAGCUGUUUGUUUUCUUCACUGUACGGUGUGAGUCACAUGUCAGCAAAUCUACAUCAGAUGUUACAUUUACAUGAUGUUGUAAGACAAUUAGGUCCAUUAUGGGUCUAUUCAUGCUUCUCAUUUGAAAGUAUGAAUGGCAAGUUGUUGAAACUCUUUCAUGGAACACAGUCCCCAGCUAUUCAAAUAGCAAAUGCAGUUUCUACUCUUAUAAAGUUACCAAUUUUAGAGCAAAAUAUUGAUACAGACACUCAUUCUCAGAGCGCAGUUUCACAACUGUAUUGCAAACUAUCUUCUGCAAGUGAUCGGCACAAAAUUACAGAGACAAUCUGUGAUGGUGUACAUGUAAUUGGUGCAAAACAUUUGCAAACCAUUGAACCCAAAUAUUAUGCUGUAGUUGCUCAAACCUUGAAAACAGCACCAACUAAAUGUUUAGUGUUUUACAGACUUAUGAUAAAGGGAGUGCUAUUCCACUGCCGUGCACACAAAAUUGCGUCAAGAAAUUCGUACACCGUACUUUUUAAACUUGGAGGACAUUUACAAACAUUUGGUCAAGUAGUUUUUUACACGAAAUGCUGUUUUACAUGUGCCUGCAAGGAUGGUUGCAACAAAUGCACGCACUACUUGGCUGUUGUGCAAACAAUUUCUGUGGAAAGAAACAUUUUAUGCACUGCUGAUGCCAUUGUUACACCAAAACUUGACAACAUUGUGGUUGGUGUGUUUAACAAUGAAUAUGUAGCCAUCCCAGUGACAGACAUUUUGGAGCUUUGUACAUUUGUGGACCUCAAUCGCAAAGAUAAGCGAGUGUUUAUGUGUCUGCGCCCCAACAAAAAGGAAAUUGACUGAAAAAAAUGAAUACACCUAUCAUUUGAACUUGAAAAGAACUAAGCACUGUUGUAUAAUUGCAUCACUGACUUAAUACAUUUUUGAAACUGAACCAAUUUUUAAUAUCUUUUUUUAUGUACAGACACAGAUGUGUAGCCUAUUUUGUGCAUUGUUAUUUCUGCUUUUUUCUAUUUUUGAUGGUAAUUCAAAUAAAGUACUUUACAGAGAUUUUUACUGUGAUUAUAUUUAUUUGUGUUUUAUGUGUAAGUACGUAACUAGUAAACAGCUAGUAGAAAACGUGUGUAGAAUCAUAUCCUUG